CCCCCGCGGCCGAGAGGGCUGCAGCGCCGCGACCCAGGCUCCCCGCGGCAUUUCCCUGGCGACGGGCCCGCAACAAGAUGGCGGAGGAUAAAGACAGGGAAGGCUCAGAGCUCCUGAUAGCAGAAUAUAACAAAAAAAUCAAAGAAGCUUUUGAAGUGUUUGACCAUGAGUCAAAUAAUACUGUGGAUGUGAGAGAGAUUGGAACAAUUAUCAGGUCAUUAGGAUGCUGCCCUAGUGAAAGAGAGCUACAUGAUCUGAUUGCAGAGUCCCACAGUAUUUACAUAUUUAUUGAGACUUCUCCAUUGGAGGGAAGAGGAUACGCAGAGACGAGGAUGUCUGAAGACACUCCCCCCUUGAAGAAGUGGGACCCCUUUGUGGGACAGUUAAGUCACCAUAUUUUCUUCAGGUGGCUUCGUUCCUUGGAGGUAGAGGAAGAAGAGCCCACUGGAUACAUUCGAUAUGAGAAAUUUCUUCCAGUAAUGACCCAAGUACUAAUGGAAAAAAGAUACAGACCAAUUCCAGAAGAUGUCCUUCUUCGAGCUUUUGAGGUAUUAGAUCCAGAUAAACUUGGAUUUAUUCCUAAGGAAGAACUGAUCAAGUUCAUGACUGAAGAAGGUGAGCCCUUCUCUCAAGAGGAAAUGGAAGAAAUGUUGUCUGCUGCAAUUGGUCCAGAAUCCACUUCAAUUCAUUACAAAGAAUAUAUAGCAAUGAUGGUGAUAGAUGAUAAUUAAAUGCUCUAAAGAUUUAAUUCCUAAUUGAAAGGAUGAUUUUUAAAUUUGCUUGCAUUGCUAAUUUCACAUUUUCAUCUAAUAAUUCCUACAUAUGACAAUGCCUUGUGAUGAUUAUUUCAAGAAAUAUGAUCAUACCAAUUUAAAACAUCCAUUUUUAAAGUGUGGCUAUAUGGCUUUCUGGAAUGACAACUAAUUAUUUGUAAAACUCUUAUUAAAACAUUUUAACAUUAACUAUGGAUUAUUGCUAA